AUGGUGAAUUAUAACAUCGUCGUUUUUGCUGGUGACUAUUGUGGCCCAGAGGUAGUUGCAGAGGCAAUAAAGGUGCUUAAAGUAGUUGAAAAGAAGAGGGAUAAUAUUCAAUUUACCUUCCAGGAUCAUUUGCUUGGUGGUGCAUCUAUAGACUCUACCGGAACCGCGUUGACAGAUGAAGCCCUAAAUGCAGCAAAGAAUGCAGAUGCCGUGCUUCUUGGAGCUGUUGGUGGACCUAAAUGGGGUACAGGAACAGUGCGUCCAGAACAGGGAAUCCUUCGCCUUAGGAAAGAGAUGGGCACAUUUGGAAAUUUAAGACCUUGCAACUUUGCUGCUCCAUCACUUGUUGACAUCUCUCCAUUAAAAGCCGAAGUCUGCCGUGAUGUAGACUUCAACAUCGUCCGUGAGCUUACUGGGGGAAUUUAUUUUGGCGAGAGGCGUGAAGACAACGGUGACGGUGUCGCCAUGGAUACGGAGCCCUACUCUCGGCCGGAAAUUGAGCGUAUCACCCGCCUUGCUGGCCACCUCGCACUACAACGCGACCCCCCACUGCCGGUGUGGAGCUUGGACAAAGCCAAUGUGCUUGCAACCAGUCGCCUGUGGCGCAAAGUCGUGACAGAAAUCAUGGAGAAGGAGUUUCCACAAGUGAAAUUCGGUCAUCAUCUAAUCGACAGCGCAGCCAUGUUGAUGGUGAAGGAUCCUCGUAAACUGAACGGCAUAAUUGUUACCAGUAAUUUGUUCGGUGAUAUUAUAAGUGAUGAAGCAAGUGUCAUCCCUGGAUCUCUGGGCCUGUUACCUAGUGCUAGUUUGAGUGGUAUUCCCGAUGGAAAGUCCAAAGUAAAUGGAAUCUACGAGCCUAUCCACGGUUCCGCACCAGAUAUUGCUGGGAAAGGCAUUGUAAACCCCAUCGCCACUAUUCUUUCAGUUGCUAUGAUGCUUCAGUAUUCCCUCAACCUUGCGGCUGAAGCAAAAGCUAUUGAGGUAGCCGUACGCAACAUUAUCGAGGCAGGAGUUCGGACGACAGACAUUGGCGGGAAAGCAACGACAAGUGAAGUCGGUGACGCUGUAGUGCAAGAACUAGAGAAUACCCUGUAG